AAAUAGAUCCCAACCCAUCAAAAACAUCUCCGACAAGAGCAAAAAGGGAAGAAAAUGGUUCUGCUAGAUAAAAUGUGGGACGAUGUUCUAGCCGGGCCUCAACCUGAGCGUGGUCUCGGCAGGCUUAGGAAGAUCACCACCCAGCCCUUGUCCAUCAAAGAUGAAGGAGAAGGAAAGAGGUUCCAGAGGUCGUUGUCGAUGCCAAUGAGUCCAGGGGCACCGCCGACACCCGUGACACCGACGACUCCGACGCCGCGUAAGGAGAACGUGUGGAGGAGCGUCUUCCAUCCUGGGAGCAACCUCGCUACUAAAAGUAUUGGCGCUGAUAUGUUCGACCGGCCACAACCUAACUCUCCUACCGUCUAUGACUGCAACCAAACGGAGGCCCAGAGACAGAGAAGGAAGGAAAACUUGGCUCUUUGUUUGGUCGCUGCGUGGAAAUAAUUCCUUUUGAUCAGUAUACACACUUGUAUAUGGCUUUACAGUGGGGAGACCAGGAGCAAGCAUCGCUGAGUGGGUGGCGACUCAUGGCCGGCCGGCUAGCAGGCUGCUCUCGUGAACCACGGUUGCAUGUAAAUAGUGUCUUUUCUUUUUAAAUCUCACUGUGCUAACGGUGCCUGUUUUAAUGUUAGUUUGAUCAUGUCUCGAGUUUCUGUAAUAGGUGUUUUAACAGCGAUGACCAAGGGUGUGCUAGCCCACGGUGGUUAACGGAUGUUUUGUCAUCCGAUAUCCGACCGUGAGCGGCAGCUGUAUUACUUAAAUAAACAAAGAAAUGUAAUGGGGGUUUUGUAAUGGU